UGUGAAGUGAUGGAAUCCGUUGUAAGGAUUCCCCUGGGCAAAGCAAAGGUGGCCCCAGGACACCUGGUCCCCGGCCGCAGGUGAAGUGCUUCCGGUUGUGCGUAUGCGUGUGAGAAAGAGUGAGAGAGCGUGAGAAGAGACACAGAAUCCUGCAAGGCCUGCUGCGUUGAUUGGCGGACGACUGUCAUCUCCUCGAUUCGGAACGGAUAGUCCGGCCGCCGCCUCACAGACUGAGCUGCCUUCGCCCUUCGUCCAUCAUGGGGCUGCUGUUUGCGAAAAUCUGGAGCCUCUUCGGCAACGAAGAACACAAACUCGUCAUGGUGGGACUGGACAACGCCGGCAAGACGACCAUUCUGUACCAGUUUCUGAUGAACGAAGUGGUUCACACGAGCCCAACGAUCGGAUCGAACGUGGAAGAGAUCGUGUGGAAAAAUAUUCACUUUCUGGUGUGGGACCUCGGCGGGCAGCAGAGCUUACGGGCCGCGUGGAGCACCUACUACACAAACACAGAGUUCAUCAUCAUGGUUAUAGACUCGACCGAUCGCGAGCGGUUAGCGGUGACACGUGAGGAAUUGUACAAAAUGUUGCAGCAUGAAGACUUAACCAAGGCCAGUUUGCUGGUGUACGCCAACAAGCAGGAUCUAAAAGACUCGAUGAGUGCGGCUGAAAUUUCCAAACAAUUAGACCUGACCUCCAUCAAGAAGCACCAGUGGCACAUACAGUCCUGCUGCGCACUGACCGGCGAAGGCCUGUACCAAGGGCUGGAAUGGAUAGCCCAGCGGAUCAAGAAGAAAUGACACCGGCAGGAGUAAAACUACUCGUGUAACUCCGUUUUACCGGGCCAAUGCUUCCCUUCCUUUUCGACGACGAGGCGCCCGAAAGCGCUGACGAACGGAUUCGGCCACCCAUAACACACUCACCCAUUACUCAAGCAAGCUCCUUUCUUCCCCCACUAAUUACGAGAACGCAUUCGAGCCAAACGUACGGGUGGAUGCGCUGACCCAGACCCCGGUGUUUACAAUGGACGGGCGGAGUAAGAGAGUUGCCAAAGCAGGGCGCGCGGGGGUCAGCACAGGUACAGGAAGUAAGGUAGUGCGUUUAAUUAAACUCAAACUCUAGGAUAAGCAGGGGAACACAGUCAUCCGGACGAGCCGAACUGAAAUUAUGGUUUUUUUUGGGAACGUCUGGCGUCUGCCGAGCAGCUCCACCUUCCUUAGCUGUGGAUGCUGUGGGUGCGAGUCAAGAAACGAGUCAGGUGUAUGAAUGAUACUGUUGUAUGAACGAGUUAGAUUAAACGUAAUCGUUAUUAAACAACUCCUCCACUCCGUCAAAGCAUUGUACAGACACGCGGCCGGAAGUCGCAGAUUAUUGACGCCGAAGACGCUUUUGACGGUUAACUCAAUCGCAAACCAAACCCCGUGCGCCAAGCGGCCCAAUCGUUCCACCAAAUACGUCCCGUGCAGGAAGUAGACAAGAACCACGCUCAUGAUCGAUCGAUGAAGCGAUGGAGGAACAUCGGGCAAGAUGGUGCAGAUCGCAUACAUUUGUGAGGUUUCAAAUCAGAUCUGCAAACUGAACGUUUAAACGCGAUGCGGGUGAUGACGUGCAUUGCGGGAACUGGGUACCGAUCCGGCUGGAUGCAGUCUGCAUCUUUCUCCUGUUUUUAGCAAUCAGCAGAAGAUCAGCUCUUUAAAUCAAACACAACUAACAUGUAAACGCUAUGUUAUAGAUUAAUUUUUAUGUUUAACUCUUCGUUCGCUAACUGGAUCCAAGAGGGGGGCCAACUGGGCAGGAACUGACGCUGGGCACAGGAUACUAUAUACUGUAAAUUGUGUGUGUAUGUCUGGCAGGAGUUGAAGAAAAAUGUUGGAAGAAUAAACCUAUUCGUCGUGUGAAUGCUGCGAUGUUAGGAGCGAUAGGUGACCCAGGGAGGGAGUGGUUGAGUUAAGGCAGAAAGACAAUGUAAAGAAAUGAACGACGGGACAGAAGGUAUACUUACGACAAUGUUAGUUAAAUAAAAUGAAAUGAAAGUAAUAUAUAAA